AUGAAAUAUUCUGUCGAAGUGCCUAUCAACGUAUAUGGAAUAUUGAAACCUACUGGUUGUAAAUUUCUUCGAAUAGAUAGUCGAUUACCAAUGAAAGAUUUAUAUCAGUUCAUUCUCGAAGAUUGUGGAGGACAGAAACCAGCUCUCAUCUUAAGUAUUUAUGGUGGCGUCAAAUACUCUACUAUGACUCGCCUACGUGAAAAAGAAUUUAUAAUAGGUGUCAUUCAUGCUGCUACUAUGGCCAAUGCAUGGAUUCUUACUGUUGGCGUCAACAAUGGUAUAUCGAAAUUGGUUGGCGAAGGUAUUUCACAAUAUCGUCUCUUACAGGAAUAUGCGAAUAAAGUGAAAUGUAUUGGAAUGACAAUGUGGGGUACAAUGGAUGAAGAUACACAUCUUGAGCUUAAAAAAGCAUCAAGCGGACUUCCAUCACCACUGUGUUACGCCGUAACAAUUAUCGUCGAAGGAGGUUUAGGUAGCCUUGAAGUUCUUGAAAAUGAUAUUCAAGAAAAACGACCAAUUGUUCUGAUUCAAGGUAGUGGCCGUUUAGCCGAUUUACUUGCUAUGCUAGUCGAACAGACAUCAAAUUCGGAUCGAAAUCAAUAUCGGAAUCCAUCGGAACAAGAAAUUGAACAAGUUCUUCGUCGAUUUUUCCCUAGUGUUCCAAAUUCAGAAGUGUCUACAGCAAAAGGACGAAUUCAAAAAAUUUUACAAGAAGAAAAUCGUUAUCUAUUAUAUGUUUUCUGUAUGAAUCGUGAUAAAAAUGUAGAUGAAACUAUUUUCAAGGCUAUAUUUGCCAUUACAAAGAAGAAAAAUGAAUUAGAACAUGGUCAAAAAACUAAGAAUGAAUCACAGGGGCAAGAAACACAACUUCCAAAAGAUGAACAUAAACAACGUUCAAAAGACGAAGAUAAACUAGUACAUUUGGCACUUGAAUGGAAUUAUUUUGAUGGUGCUUUGCCAAUAUUACUAGCGCAGCAAGAUGAAAUGAUGGAAAUACGUAAUGAAAUUAUACGGAUACAAAGUAAAAGUAUGAAGACAGAACGUGAUUCCGAAAAGGUAAGACCGUGA